GUUUGACAGCUGCUGAGAGCCGUAGCCGAGCCAGCGGCGGGGAAGAUGUCGGACGGGUCGUCGCCGAGCAUUACAAUAGAAGAAGUGCAGCAGCUGGUGAAAAAGAAAGAUGCCAUCGAGGCGCAGAUCAAAGCUUACUAUGACAUCCUGGAGGGGCAAAGCCACGCCGGAAUGGAUGAACCACUAGUUGAUGUUGAGGGUUACCCACGAUCAGAUAUUGAUAUUUACCAAGUUCGAACAGCUCGACAUAAUAUCAUUUGUCUACAAAAUGAUCAUAAAGCUUUGAUGAAACAGAUUGAAGAAGGGCUGCAUCAGUUGCAUGCACGUGACAGGGAAAAACGCAGACUCGAUGAGGCAGAGGCUCAUCAAGAGAGACUGCAACAGGAAAGUCGAAUAGUGCCUGCUUUUGCCAAAGUAGGCACUGUUAGUCCAGGUUCACCAGCCAGUAUGUCAGGUUUGCAGGUUGGUGACGAAAUUGUGGAAUUUGGUUCUGUAAAUACACAGAAUUUCCAAAACUUGCAGAAUAUUGCCAAGGUUGUCCAGCAUAGUGAAGGGAAACCCAUAAGCAUUACAGUUAUUCGAAACGGACAGAAUGUUCAUCUCAGCCUUACGCCUCAGCGAUGGAGUGGAAGGGGAUUGUUGGGAUGCAAUAUUGUUCCUUUGCAGAACUGAAUAUCUUUGAUUCCCAUUGAAAACUUAUUCAACCACAAAUUGUACGCUGUUAUGAAAACAGGAGCAAAGUUGGAUCUUGAAACAUUAGAAUAGUCAUUUCUGUUACGGGUUUUGAAAUAUAUCCAAAUUGAAUUUGAAUAAGAAUUUAUUUUGAAACUGCUAUAUCUUUAAUUCGUUUGUAUAAGGAUUUUUUCAUGUGUUUUUAUUUUUCAGAUUUAAUUAUAAAUUCUUUCAUUAUUUUUUGUUAUCAUUUCAUUCUUUAGCUAAGCUGGUAUUGAGGAUGUGUUUUGUUAUAAUUAAACACUUGGCAUGAAGUGAUUGAAAAGUUAAGUUUGACUUCUGCUUAUUACUACUUUUCUUCCACUCCAAUAUGAAGAAAAGGCAACAUCUAAUUCCGGUCAAGGAUGAUUUUUAAGCUCACAUAAUGGGAUGUUGAGUUCAAAUAUUUUGGUAAUUUAUGGAUGAUGAUGAUGAUCUAUUCUUGUUAUGAUAAAUUAAAAUUUAAUGCAUGCACUUACUACACACGUUGAAAAUGAAAUUGUAAUUUUUAAAAAAAGAAAUUGGUAAUAUUUAGUUUUUGGACUUUGAAAUGUGUUAAGCAUCACAAGAGUUUGAUAUGACUAUGUUUUGUUAUUCUGUUUAAAUGUAUUGGAUCUUUACUCUUUAAAGUUCUGAAUAUUCAAAUGAAUAUGUGGUGUUGAGGAAUCAAAUACUAAACAAUUUAAGAAU